CUUUAAUUAGCCGUCAAGCCGUCAACGCAAGUCUCGUCCGUCAAAUUCUGUAGUGCUUGUUGUACAAAAAUUUUACUUUUCCGCCAAAGUACAGAGUCAUUCUAGAUUUGCCAAAAUGGCAGAGGGCCAGGAAGAACCCAAGAAAAUUACAAUCACAGUUAAAACUCCAAAAGAGAAACAACAAGUGGAAAUCGAAGAGGAUGCCGACAUCAAAAAAUUGAAAGAAGUGCUGUCACCGAAGUUUAGUGCGGAGCCGGAACAGUUAUGUCUGAUCUUCGCCGGGAAGAUCAUGAACGAUGCUGACACUCUGAAGCAGCAUAAUAUCAAAGAUGGGCUGACUGUUCAUUUGGUGAUCAAAACUCCGCCAAGACCAGAGCCGGAGGGCGCGGCCCGACGCCCACCAGCAGACAUAAGCGCUACUCCUUUUGGGCUUAAUUCUCUGGGUGGUCUUGCGGGUCUUGAGAGCCUGGGACUUGGGCAAAGCACAUUCAUGGACUUACAGGCUCGAAUGCAGCAAGAGCUGUUGUCCAAUCCAGACAUGUUAAGACAAGUGCUAGACAACCCGCUGGUACAGCAGAUGAUGAAUGACCCAGAGAACAUGAGGACUCUCAUCACAUCCAACCCUCAGAUGCAGGACCUAAUGGCUAGGAACCCAGAGAUCAGCCACAUGCUGAACAACCCGGAGCUGCUCCGGCAGACCAUGGAGCUGGCCCGCAACCCCGCCAUGCUGCAGGAACUCAUGCGCUCCCACGACCGAGCACUCUCCAACCUUGAGAGUAUACCUGGAGGCUACAAUGCUCUUCAGAGGAUGUACAGAGACAUCCAAGAGCCAAUGUUGAAUGUUGCCAGCAGUAUGGCCGGCAACCCUUUUUCGGGACUGGUGGACAACUCUGAUGGCACAAACCCCCAACAAGGCUCGGAGAACCGGCAACCGCUGCCCAACCCGUGGCAGCGCGGCGGCGGGACCGGGACCGGGGCCGGGGCCGGCGCCGGCGCGGGGACCGGCACCGGGCCCGGGCUCAUCAACACGCCGGGGAUGCAGUCGCUGCUGCAACAGAUGUCGGAGAACCCGCGGCUGGUGCAGUCCAUGCUGUCGGCGCCGUACACCAACGAUAUGCUGCAGGCCCUCGCUGCUGAUCCGGAGAUGGCCUCCCAACUCAUUAAUCAGAAUCCAAUGUUCGCGAACAAUCCACAACUGCAGGAUCAGAUCCGCACGAUGAUGCCACAGAUGCUUGCACAACUGCAGAAUCCAGAGAUGCAGCAAAUGAUGUCCAACCCACAGGCCCUGAACGCGCUGUUGCAAAUCCAGCAAGGCAUGGAGCAGCUGCGCGCAGCCGCGCCCUCGCUGGUCAACAACCUGGGCCUGGGCGUGGGCGCGGCGGCCGCCACGCCGCCCGCCAACCCGCCCGCCAACCCGUCCGCCAACCCUGCGCAGGCGCGGCAACAGAACAACUCGGAGCUGUUCACACAGUUCAUGCAAAGGAUGGUGUCGGCCAUGUCCAACAACCAGACGAACUCGUCGCAGCCUCCAGAACAGCGCUACUCGCAACAGCUGGAGCAACUCGCUGCCAUGGGCUUCCUCAACAGGGAAGCUAACCUGCAAGCACUAAUCGCGACCUUCGGCGACGUGAACGCGGCGGUGGAGAGGCUACUGGCGCUCGGACAGUUGUCCAUGAGCUAACAGUGAAGCGCUCAAAACUCGUUCAAACUGGCUACUACUACACUCGACUCUCAUCAUCACACUCACAACUGUAUUUUUGUUAUAUCAUUUCCCUAUAUGGUCAAAAGUCCCUGACUGGGCCCAUAACCUUUCUAGUUUGUAGUAACUUUCAUCACUUACCUUAUUUAAUUUGGCGUGAGACAAAAGUUAGGGUUCCAUGUGAUUUGGUCAUCUUGAAAAUAAUGGUUACAAUUUUAUAAAUU